AUGAGGCAAAGCGGCGGCAAGAAGGGCAAAGGCAAAGGCAAGGACAAGGACUUCGACGACGAGCCGCCGCCCCUGAGGGGCUCGAAGGGCAAGGGCAAGGACGGCAAGGAGGGCAAGGCCGGCAAGGAGGGUAAGGCGGGCAAGGACGGUAAGGCGGGAAAAGAGGGCAAGGCUGGGAAGGCGUCCGAGGGUAAGGACGGCAAGGGCAAGGACAGCAAGGGCAAGGGCAAGGGCGCAGACGAGCCCAAGGGCAAGGGUUCGAAAGACUCCAAGGGCGCCAAAGGGAAGGACAAGGGAAAGUGGAAGCCGAAGUGA